GAACGCGGAGCAUGCAUAUGGAAGACAAACCGUACCGGAGAACAGACAUUUCGAUGAAGAGUGAGUUCCGUGUGUGCACGACAAAUGUGUGUGAGCAUCCUUUUUAAAAGCUCCAUGGUGGUGUGAGGGAGACUGGUGUGAUUUUCUUGUGCUCUGCAGGGCCGGAUUUCCAUAGACGUCGGUCUCUGUGAGUGUGAACGCACAUGCAUGCAGGCUCUCGCUAGACCGUUUCAAGAUUUGCGUUGAACACCAUGGAAAGCAGCGCCACCUCCACUACAAAUGGCCAUGAUCCAGGCAGACAUUUUGCUCUGGACAAUAUGGACCUGCCGCUGAAGUGUCGUAUCUGCGGUGACAAGGCGUCGGGCUUCCAUUAUGGCGUCCACUCCUGUGAAGGUUGUAAGGGUUUCUUCCGUCGCACUCACCGCAUGAAGCUGCAGUACAAGCCCUGUCCGUACUCCAAGGCGAGGCCCUGCAAAAUCAGCUUGUCCACCCGCAACAAGUGCCAGUACUGUCGAUUCCAGAAGUGCAUUGCCGUUGGCAUGUCACACGAUGCCUCCAGGUUUGGCCGCAUGCCACGUGAAGAGCGGCUGCGACUCCUUGAGGAGCUGAACCAGGAGGAGCAUGAGGCCAGCGAGGAGGACAAGAGGCGGGCGGAGCUGCGGGCGCUGACCGAGAGGAUCCACCAGGCCUACAAGGACAUCUGGGCGUUGAGCUUCCACCCGACGCUGGAGGCCAGGACCAACAAGCUCAUGGAGGAACGACUCGGCAUCAUCGAGGAGGCAAAUGUGAACAUCGACUCCAGGCCCAUGCGGGAGCUGACAGAUAUCAACGACAUUGCCGCCUUCCUGCGUAACGCCCUGCAGACGGCCAUCGAGAGCCUGGCCCAGUUUGCCAAGCGGCUGCCCGAGUUCCGCUCACUGGACAUUAACGACCAAGUCUCGCUGCUCAAGCAUGCCGGCUUCGAGAUUGCCAUGAUCGCUACGGCCUCCCGCUACAUGGCCGACGGGCUCUGGUUCCCCUCGGGCGGUGUCUACUUCAAGAAGCGACUCCUGGAGGGGCUGGACACCAUGUUCUUUGAGGACAAGUUCCGGUUCUUCGAGAAGAUGAAGAAGCUGAACCUGACGGAGAAGGAGCUGGCAUUGUUCUGCGUGCUGGCUUUGGCGGCACCAGACCGUGAUGACCUGACCCAGCGCGAGCAAGUGGAGAAGUUCCAGGAGGUCAUCCUGGAGGCCCUGGAGUGGGAGGUGCAGCAGAAUCACCACGGCAACCCACUGGUGCUGCCCCGCCUCCUGUCCCGGCUGGUCGACCUGCGGCAGCUCAAGCUGGAGCACGUCCAGCAGAUCCAGCAGCUGAUGUUGCUGGACGACCCCCGCUACAACGGGCCCACCCCGCUCAUGAUGGAGGUCUACGGGUUAUGAUAGCCUCCGUACCAGGAGGUCUGCUGGUCAUGGUAGCCUCUAUACCAGGACAUGUACGGGUUAUGAUAGCCUCCGUACCAGGAGGUCUGCUGGUCAUGGUAGCCUCUAUACCAGGACAUCUACGGGUUAUGAUAACCUCUGAACCAUGUUUACACCGUGCGCAUUGCACAUUACAUUUUGUACAUGCAUAUCUAUUAGGGUCCUUUUUUUCCCCUCCAACUUCGGGCUGAUGUGGGGCAAUCCUGUACAGCUGUUUGUUAGAAUUUAUUCCAGGGAAUCAGGUUAGGAGUGAUUCAAAACCCAGGAAUCGGAAUCAUCAUUUCUCCUCUGUGACUCAUUUUUCUAAGGCUGGAUCACAAAAGGUUUAAUGUCAGGUUACCCUACGGAGUAUUUCCAUUUGGUUCUCACAGCAAAGCUUUGAAAGCGAUUGUGAAAUUGGAGAUGAAGCAAGGGAUUGAUAUGAAACUGAAACAGGGUCCAGCUGUUUUCCCUUCCCCUUCAUUGCAAUUUGGUUUCAUUUUUGAAGCCCACAGGAUUUAACUUUCGUUUUAUUGACCCUGACCCACCGACCCUUCAAAGUCCACUGCAGAGCUGUAACCCUGUCCAUCACAAAUCGGCCGCCAGUCAGAUCGCAAAUUUGCAAGUGUCAAAGUGGUGCAGAGAAACGCCUUUGUCACACUGACUUUGCUUGUGACUUCCAUGUAACCUGGGAGUUGUGACUUUCAAUCGAUUUGUGAUUGACUUAUGACGGCUUGCAGUGACUUGUGAUAGUUUGUGAUGGUUUGUGAUAAUCUGUGAUGGCUGAAUUACAACUCUGAUGCAACAUAUCCAUAGCCAUUUACAAUCCAAUACGACUGGUGUGGAAAACUUUGGUGAUUGGUUUGUGAUUAUUCACUGGGUAGCCCAUGCAAGGGGGGCGGAGCAACAACACUUUGUAGGCGUACAACAAAGUUGAUUUGUACUUAGUGAUUGAUAUUAAGUUGCAAAGACCAAUAGUUUGGUUGAAUAAAUUUGAUAAGCCGACCAGUACUGACUACCAGCUGAAAAGGCAUAUUGUGUGGAAGUUUAACUAGUCACCAAUCAGUGUGCUAAACCAAAGAUAACGGCUUAGCAUUCAUGCUUAGCUGAUCAUUACCAAUUUUUUUAUAUGCGCCAGUUUUAAUGUUCAAGGCAUUUUUAUUACGACAGCUUUGUUAUUACAUUGAGAAGAAUAUUGUUCAGUCUUCAGACUCCUAUUCACUUUUAUGCCACAUAUUUGCUGACUUUCACAUUUUUUUGUUAGUUCGCAGGGUGUUAUUUAAUAUUUAUUGAUAGGUGCUGAAGACAGGAUAUGAACAAGGUCUUCACAUUAUGUUGCAAGAAGGUCCGCACAUGUGGAAGGUUAGAACGUGCAUGUAUGUAAUAGACCUCUCUCAAAUGACGUCACUUCCUCCAGAUUACCACACACAUUGGCAUUCAGACUUCAAGUUUUCGUGACGCACAUCAGUUGUGUUGAGUUUUGAAGAUAUAUGGACUUACAGAACAUCUGCACGCUGCACGCACAUGCACCCGUUGGUGUUGUAUACAGAGUUUUCGUUUUCCUACAAAGAUGAUGUCCGAGAGAGGAUUUAUUUUGCGAUUUUGACAUUUUGGAAUGAAGUCAAGUGGCAUAUCCCGUAAUGACCAAAUGCCCCAACUCAGGAAAACAACUCUAGUACUUGAAGAAACAUCUGUGACUCUGUGAAUCAAAAGAGUGGUGGAAAAUUACUUUCUCAUUUGUAUUAUUCCAAAGCUGGAAGAAAGGAUUAGGUGGUUUUGUUACGGCCCAAUUGUAGUACUGGUCCCGACUACUGUUGGAUAAUCCCAACUGAAAUGCUGAUGUUGGACAAGCCAAUCAACACUUCAUUUGGGAUCCCCCCAACCACAGUUGGGAUCCACUGCCGUAGUUGGGGCAAAAUGCCAUCCUUCAGGUAAACCGUUGUGUACGUUUACAUCAGGUUUCUUUGUUACAAGACGUGGUAAGAAUGACGUCAAACAAAUUCUGCGUGUGAGACCAAAGUGUGUAUUUUAGAAUGAUUUUUUCCCCAAUUUUUUAUUACAAAACUGAACUUUUUAAUCACAGUUUAUAUUUACAGCAUUUAUUGUAUAUUUCAUUUACUUUAUGUAGAUACAAGAGAAGUUGCAACAAAAACAUAUUUUUCUAUAAAUGUAGCCUCUUCCAGUGAAGAAAGUCUUUAAUCGUGCCUUGUGAAUAAAGUUUGACAACAUUAUCGUAAGGUAAUAAAGUCAAUUAGUCACAUGUCACUUUUUAAGGUAAUACUGAGUUAAUAUAUGCGGUAAAUAAAAUAAGGCAUAAACUUUCAAGUAACAUGCAAGCAUGUUGUCUAAACUUUCAGCUCAAAAUAUUAACAGUAAGAUACACAACUUGGCAUCGGACACAACAGUUAAUGCAGUAAGAAACGAAGUGGCAGAUUAAACUGAUUUUUCUCUUUCAGAAUCUAUCAGAUGACAAUUACAACAUGGCAUUAUUGGCAAUGCUCAAUGUAUACAUCCGUGGUAGACCUCAGUUUUUUUUUGACAUGAAACUUGGAGAUGUUUUGUAACCAAAGCUAAUAUAGGG